GCCGCGGCGGGGCCGCGCCGCCUCCAUCGCCGCCUAUUUCGGAGCAGAGGCGGCGGGGCCGCUCGGGCGGGCGGCGGCUCCGGUUUGAGUUGGGAUUUGCUUUGGAAGCCACAGAGCAGCUGCUGCCUCCUUCUACCCACAUGCAACUUUUAAUAUCGUAGUAUUAUUAGAGACAGAAAAAGAAGGAGACAAGUAUCUCCAUACCUACCAGGAAACAGGAGACUUUGCUCUGAAAUAACUGAUAAACAAGUGUGAAGCAUGAGGAUCAACUCUGCUGUUCAGGCUGCGAUUGAUCUCACAGCAGGUGCUGCAGGUGGGACAGCCUGUGUGGUGACUGGCCAGCCCUUUGACACUGCAAAGGUGAAGAUGCAGACAUUCCCCAACAUGUACAAAGGACUUGUUGACUGUUUUGUCAAAACCUAUAAGCAAGUGGGAUUUCGAGGCUUCUACAAGGGAACCACACCAGCACUUGUAGCCAACAUUGCAGAGAACUCCGUUUUGUUCAUGUGCUAUGGAUUUUGCCAACAAAUUGUGAGAAGAAUUGUUGGAGUAGACAGGAAAACAAAGCUCAGUGAUCUACAGAAUGCUGCUGCAGGCUCCUUUGCCUCUGCCUUUGCCACCCUUGUCCUCUGUCCCACAGAGCUGGUGAAGUGCCGGCUACAGGCCAUGCAUGAAAUGCAGUUGUCAGGAAAGAUAAUCCAGGGACACAAUACAGUUUGGUCAGUAGUGAAGGGUGUUAUCCAAAAGGAUGGGCCCCUUGGAUUUUAUCGUGGCCUGUCAAGCACUUUGCUGCGGGAAGUCCCAGGCUAUUUCUUCUUCUUUGGAGGGUAUGAACUGAGUCGGACGUUCUUUGCCUCUGGGAGAUCAAAAGAUGAAUUAGGUCCCAUUCCUUUGUUACUAAGCGGAGGUUUUGGAGGCAGCUGUCUGUGGAUUGCUGUGUAUCCUGUGGAUUGUGUCAAAUCUAGAAUUCAGGUUCUUUCAAUGGCUGGAAAACAGGCAGGCUUUAUGGGAACGUUUGUAACUGUUGUGAGAACUGAAGGUGUGCUUGCCUUGUAUUCUGGACUAACACCAACUAUGAUCCGUGCAUUUGUGGCCAAUGGGGCACUGUUCCUUGCCUAUGAGUACAGCCGGAAACUUAUGAUGAAACAAAUAGAUUCUUACUGAUACCACCCAGCAGAUGAAGAACAAGAGAUUGUUUAAAGGUCAUUUAAAUAAAUGAUGAAAAACACAUAGAUCACAUGAUGGUCUGAGCAGAACCAAAGCAGUGACCUAAUUUUAGGAACUCAACUCCAGUUUAAGAUUCGUAAUCUUUUAAAAUCAGGUGAUUUUAUGGAUGUGUGUACAUGUUAUUUGAGUUGCACAAGCAGAACAAUCUCCCUUUUAUGGAUUCUGCACUAGGAACACUGCAUGUCAUAAAUGUCUUUCCUGACCUGUAAAGGUGCUAAAAAUAUUUACACUGACCUGUGGGGUUUAGUGUAACAUGCAAGAGUAGGUUGUGAUUUGUCUACAGCAAAGCACUGGUUUUAAAACUGUGCUGCAGUUGUGACUCUUUGCAGCUGUUGCCAAUGUCUGACUCAAAAUAACAUCAGUUCUUGUCUAAUCUUGCUGAGUAUAAUGACUUCGACAUACCUUUCACCUAGGGACAUCUUUCCUUCUCUAGCUACACCCCUGUCCUACUCCCUGCUGCCCUGUGACUUGCUAAGGUCAUGGCAGAUGGUGUCUGACUUAAACACUAUUAGUGAAUGGGUUUAUAAAAGUAGGAAACAUUCUCCCCUUACCUUAUAUGAGACUUAGAGCCUAAGAUAUACCUACAUUUUUGAUAAAAGCAGCACAGUAACAACAUUAAAGAGGUAUGCUGCACUGUAUUAUUUUCUAAAUCCCUUCAGGGAGUGCUAGAGUAUGCUAGACACCACUUGCCAUAAGGGACACUGCUGGAAAUAGCUGCUGCCUCUGAGCACAGAAUUUCAACUUUGUGCAGGCUCCAGUUUAGGUCACCUUGGCAUGAAUGAGGCCACAUGAUAGAAGGACAGGAAGCUGAAGAGGAACAGAAAGCCAGACCUUAGUGGUUAACUGACACCAUGGUCUCUGACAUAGCAGUCUUACUGGGGCUGGAGUUUUCCCAUUUGCUUUGUCUCUUCAGCUGAGUGGAAAAAGCUCAUAUGACUUGUAUCACCUUCAGGCCUGGAAGGCACAGCCUGCUUGAUCACGUUACUUGAUUAAAUAUGCAGUUAAUCAGUAUUACCCAAAAUGAUGCAGUGACACCUCUUUCCAGAUACCACUUUUGUUCUUCAAGUAGAAUGCUCUUUGUCCAAGCAUGCUCUGCUUUGUAAGAAGCAGCUACUGCCUUAUCCUGGAAUAAGUUGAGCAGGUCUUCGCACAAACUUGUCCUGGAGUUGUAGAGAGAUGCUACCUGGGUGCUUUAAGUGCAGCCCACCAGUGUGGGGACACAGACAGAGCCCCUUUAACUCACUGAGAUCCUCACAGCUACAUGGAGAGUAGCAGCUUGUCACAGCAACCACAUUUGUUAGUGACAGAUAACAGUCAGAACCGAAACAACCUAGUUUUGCAUGUUACAGCUUCCCUUUCAGAUCCCAGAAAUAGGAAUAAGCUUUAGGCAUAGAUGAAAUCACCUCAGUAUCUGCUGCCUCUUGCAGGGGAGCCAGGGUGCACUUCAAUUGGCUCAUUCCUUGCAUUGUUGCAACCUCUUUGAUGGAAGGUGGUUUCCCCUUCAUACACCAUGAGAAAAGGCAGUUAAAGCAGGGCAUGGCUGAAGAAUCUUCAGAGUCUAUUGCACCAACAGACCUUGACUGACUAGUACACUAGAGGCAGCGCCACUCUGCCUUGCCAGUACUUUAAAAGGAAUUUAUACCAAAUGCGUAUAUGAUUGAGGUAGGAAGAUGAGGCUUUAAGAGUUGUUAGAUUUCCCUUCUUUUCAAAGUUGUCUAGCUAAGAGAAGUAGUAUAUUUGUACAUGUUUCUAAUAGUUAUGAAAAGGUGAGGACAGACUCCACCUCAGUGGAAUACUUCAAUCUAUUUCUUAGAUUUGUCUUUGCUUUCAUUUUUUAAAGCUCAUGGUUGCAGUUUUUAAUACAAAAAUUGAAGCUUCAAGAGAAGCAAGGUAUUUAAAACAACCUACAGCAAGAAGCUGGUGGUAUUUUUGAGAGUUUACCUUCUGAAGUUGAUGUAAGCAGUAAUUUUUCCAUUCAGAGCUGCUUAAGCUGUACAUGUGUAUCAGUUGUUCAGCUAAAAACUUCAUAAUGUUGGUACAGGAAAUCACAGAAAUAAAGUUUCAUUUGAUUAACUGA